AUGGUUGCUCCGUUCUUUAGACAAGCAUGGGCAGUGUUCGCUGUGCUAUCAAAUAUGAUUGGACAAGGUAUGCUGCUCAGCUUCACUAGCAGUCUAUUGCCAGGACUAGCAGAGCCCGAAUCGGCGAUAAAAGCAGAUUUGCACACAGCUUCUUGGUUGGCAUCAUCAUGCGGAGUGGCUGGCAUUCCAGGAUUCCUGAUCUCAUCCUUUCUUAUGGACGUCUAUGGGCGAAAACUAACUCAUCAACUUGUUAUCUUACCAGGCCUCGUUGGAUGGCUCGCUAUUUGUUUUGCGCAGAAUAUUCCCACUAUCAUUAUUGGAAGAGUACUUGGAGGAAUAACAGCUGGAGCCACUGUGUCUUUAGGAGCAAUUGUCAUUGGAGAGUUCUCAAAUCCAAAAUACAGAGGAGUGUUUCUGAAUUUAAAAACUGCUGCUGUUUGCUUUGGUGGCAUGGUAGUACAUAUUUUCACUCGUUUUUUUACUUGGAGAACCAUUGCUGCCUUAGCUGUAGUACCUCAUGUCGUUGCCAUUUUAAUUACAUGCACAUGGCCAGAAUCUCCUGCUUGGUUGGCUUCAAAAGGAGAAUUUGAGAAAAGCGAGAAAGCAUUUUUCUGGCUGAGAGAAAACAAUCAAGUAUCUCACAAAGAAUUACAGGAACUCAUAAGAGCACAAAAAGAAAGGCUAUCGAUACCAAAAGUAGAGAAAUCUCUAAAUGGUAAGGUUAGAGAUUUUUUCGCUAAAUUUACACAAAAAGAUUUUUUGAAGCCAGUUAGUAUAAUUUUAGUCAGUACAGCAUUAUUGGAAACAAGUGGAAGACAUAUUUUCCCAGCGUACGCUUUGCAAAUAAUUGGUGAAGUAACGGGUAAUAAAACCCAGUCCUUCUACUACACGUUAGCCAUUGAUCUGAUCAUCACUACUAGUGCAGUGUGUUCGUCAAUUCUUGUUAAAAUGAUGAAACGAAGAACUUUACUGUUCUCUACUGGUUUCGCAGCUUUCGUCGCGAUUAUGGCCGUGUGUACUUAUCUCGCACUGGGAGCAAGUGACAUUAUUCCGAACGAUAAACCUUGGAUAGCAAUUGGGUUGUUUGUAGUAUAUUUUAUUUUAGUGAACUUAGGAUGCACUCCUAUACCUUUAGCUUUAUUAGGAGAAGUAUUCCCCUUAGCCCAUCGAGGGGCAGGAUCUUCUAUCGUAGGAAUAUUUAUAUCCCUAGGUGUUAUGAUAGGACUACAAGUAACCCCAUAUAUGCUUCUUUACCUCAAAGUCUACGGAACCUUCUUCAUUUAUGGAUCUGCUUUGGGAGUAUCGCUUCUUACACUAUUUUUCAUUCUACCAGAAACCAAGGAUAAGACUUUACAAGAGAUUGAAAACUAUUUUAACUAUGGUGUUUAUGAAAUUGAAGAGAAAGACGAUGAUGUCAAAGUUACGGAAAAGAUGAUUAAAUAA